UUCAUACUAUUUACCCCCUUCCCGGCCGUUAGAGGCAUUUCUCUCCUCCCCUCCCGAUUCACGAGCGCCGCCGCACCGAAGAUUUUCUCCCCCGUUCUCCGUGAGGGAGGAGCGUGUGCGGAUCAGCGAGUAGGUGAGGCGUCAGCGUCCGAUUUUUCGGCUUCCCGUCCUCUCGUUGGAGGGUGGCUGUUGUUCUAGCCGGUGGGUUCUUUGAUUUAUCUGCCCCUUUCUUGUACUGUACGGUUCGGUUCUUGAUGGCUUCGCUUGGUGCGGAUGCGGUACUGCUGUUAGGUAGAUCUAAGCAGCAGGGUGGUCAAGGUUUUCUUGUCUGCUGAGGUUGGCUAAGUGAUAUAAGAACAUAAGCAGAUGGCUGCUGAAGUUGGGCAGCAAUUCAGUGGAUGGUCACACUCAGAUUUAACCUACAACGACAACUGCACACAGGAUGAUUCAGUUCAGCAAAUGGUACUUGAUCAUGGUUCAGUAUCAUUUGGUAGAUUUGCUGCAGAGUCUUUGUCAUGGGAAAGCAGAUCGGUAUUUGCACACAACAGACGCCAAGAGGAGAUAAGAAAACUCACGCUGCCUGGUUUAGUUGCACAAAAGAAGGCUUUUUUUGAAGAAUAUUACCGGAGGAAGGCUCAGAAAGCAACAGGGCACCAAACUGAAGCCACAUUGAAAGAAAGGAACGAUGAUAACACUCUGGAGCAUAGUAUGCAAGAAGAUAAAUUACAUGCAGUAAUUACUGAAGCUCCAAUCGAUAAUGCUCCAUGCUCUAGUUUUGAACAAUCUACUGGAGUGAGCUCAUCAGAUGAGAAUAAAUGCCAAGAACCUCAUGGGCUAGGAUACUUGACAUUUAAUCCUUUGUUUUCACGGAUAACAGAAUCGCUAAGUACUCAACGGAAGGAGGCAUGUAACACUGGUCCAAAGCAAUAUGCUGAUGGUGUGUUUCGUUGUGCCACACACACAAGUAGUACACAUAAGCUCAACCAUGAACUUCUUGAGCGCAAGGUUCUUGCACCAAAGCAAGUGGUGUCAAAUGGUUAUGGUGAAAGUAAUGUUGCUGCGUUGAGAAUUGUCUUGCCACUAAAAAUUUUACAGUCAGAAGGUCCGAAAGUUGAUCUCGAGAAGCAGGAGCCAAGCAAGAGCAUAGCAGUCAUCAAUAAGUUGGCAAAGGGGACCAAGGACCUGCCUAGUUCUCUUAUCCAGAUCCCAAGGGUAGAUUUAAGAAGAAAUUCAGAAAACAGGAACUCCCAAGGCUUGAAAGAUCCAUUCCACAAGAGGGUUGAGAUGAAAUUGCGUGCUUUAUCUGAUAGGAUGAGUGCUGAUAGAGCUGCUGCCUCUUCUAAAUCAGUUUCGUAUCAGCCUGUCGCUAGAUCGUCAUGUCAAGAUCCUGACAGAGUUGCGACUUCUUCCAGACCCAAUUCGUGUCGGAAAGCUGAUAGAGUUUUUACAUCAUAUAAAUCAGCUGGACAAGCUUCGCACAAAUCUUUUAAAGAAGUGCAACGUACAACCACACUUCCUCGCACAAAUGUCUACAACAAAGGGUCACAUACUUCUAGCAACAGAAGCAACAGCACCACUGGAAAGCUGGCAGCUAGAAGCUCAAUUAUGCCCAGUUCAUCUGAAAUUAGUGCCAAACCCUUUCAGACUGCUCAGGUCACCUCAAAAAGAGCAUCAGUAGGUCUUACCACUGUAGGGAAUGGGUUGCAGAAUAAAAGGAAGCAGCUGAGCACACCAGCGGCAUCAGAUGAAAAUGGCCAGAAUAGAGGAUUCAUGCGCAUAUCUGCACCCACAAGCGCAAGAAGUAGCUACGACAACACUCGUCCUUACAAAGCUGCUAAGGCACCUAGGAUUUCAAAUGGGAAAAACGCAGUCAAGAAGUCAACAAAAUAUGGAAGUCAGCCUGUUGGAGGAAGGAAUGUUUUGCCAAAACACCUUGUAAACUGCAAUGAACCAAACAGAAAGGUAAUCUCAUCGCGCGCUGGUAGCCUGUCAUCGAGUACGAGGAACAAUCUGACGAGCAAGGCAAGACAGGAGAGGCCACGAUGGCGAUGACACGCCAUUGCCCUGCCUUGUGUUCCGCACGCCUGUCCCAGAACAGUUUCUGACGCGCUAGUGGACAGAUAGAGAUAGGUUUCUGAAACGCAGAAAAAUUCAGAGACUUUGCCAGGUUUCUGGUUAAUUAGUAUUGCUAUCCAAUGGGCUUCUCUGGAGCUCGGUAUUGUAGCCGAUCGAGAGGUGGUUCAUAUUAUUUUCGCAUGUCGGCUUCAGUAUAAUCAGUAUGUUAAUCAGAUCUAAGAAAGAGUUAGGCAUCGCUUUUUCUCCACGAUUGUUUUGCCUGUUCUUGUCUGUGGUCAGUGAAAGCGAGAUGUGGAAAUCGAUAUGACGCCUUUUUUGUUUUGU